GCUGUGGAGUCGAGGAGCCAAGUCACCUGUGAAACAAUCAUGUGACGUGCCUGCUGUCACCGUGGACACCAUACUGGCUGUCAUGGCAACAGGAUUGACGCUAUGAUGACGCCACUAACAAGAAAGAAAGAAAGACCACUUUAGGAGACCCCGUCUUCAGUUUGGGCACACCAAAGACACAAACCCCCGGAGCCUGGCGGGACAUGACAGGUGGGGGCAGAGAAGAGAAGGGAAGGGGGCACAAAAUGGAGGCAGCUGGCCCACCCUGAAGGCUGCUUCAGGUCAGAAGGAGGAGACCAUUGAGCUGGCGGCAUAACAGGCAAUUAGUGAAGAGCGACGUCACGGCCACCUGUGAAAUGUGACACCUGGUGGUCGGCCUUCAGGCCUCAGUGUGACUUCUGACAGGUGCAACAUCUGGACACUUGCAGUGGACCCCAUCCAUUGACGCUCUGUGUAGGUCUUUAUAUGGAGGGGAAGAUUGGGGGCUUCGAGGAAAACUCAGUCAGAGACGCCAGGAGGAGGUGACAACAUGGCUGAGCCGCAAGACACCAAAAGCAAAACAGAGCGAGACCACCACAGCAAGGACAUCGAUCUAGUCGACAGAGACCCCCGGAGGAUCAACGAGGACAGCAUAAAGGUCGACUUUGAAGAUGUGAUUGCAGAGCCAGCGGGCAUCCACAGCCUGGACAGCACCUGGAAGGCCAGCUUCACCGCGUUCACCGUGUCCAAGUACUGGUGCUACCGGCUCCUCACGGCCCUCCUGGCCAUUCCCUUCUCCAUAGUCUGGGGUCUCCUGUUCGCCUCGCUCUCCUUCUGCCACAUCUGGGCCGUGGUGCCCUGCAUUAAGAGCCACACGAUUGAAAUCCAGGGCAUCAGCCGCAUCUACGCCCUCUGCGUCCACACCUUCUGUGACCCCCUCUGUGAUGCUCUGGGCAGGGUGCUGGGCAGCGUGAACCUCGUCCUCCGCAAGGAGACUUAG